GCUUUAAUCGGCUCUAAAGUUGGCUCCUCGUGCCUUAUAUAAUCACUGUCGCUUCCUGACUUAUCUGUAUUGGAGUACGUCAUAAUACCGGGGACUGCACUGUAUAAAACUGAACACCAGUCUUGCAGAAAGUGCACCACUGCAGGAGCGUGCAGUUUCUUCACACCGUGACCAGAUCUAAAAGUACAGCCAUGAAUGCCACUCAACACCAGCAGAACAACCAGACAGCACUGAAAAAACCCAGGUCCAAGAAGAACACUCAUCAUUUCACAGAUGUGCACGAUCUGCCUUGCAUCGAGAAGAUUGUGUGCACUGUCGGCGAGACUCCACAACCCAUCCAAACAAACAUCACAGGCAAAUUCCCAGAAUGGAUCAGCGGCAGUUUCUUGAGGAAUGGCCCAGGGAAGUUUGAAAUCGGAAACCAGAAGUUUAACCACUGGUUUGAUGGCAUGGCUUUGUUACAUCAGUUUAAAAUUUCCAAGGGGCAGGUGACUUACAGGAGCCGCUUCCUUUCCAGUGACAGUUACCAGGCCAACAAUGAAAAGAACCGGAUUGUUGUUUCCGAAUUUGGAACAGUCAGUGUGCCAGACCCUUGUAAAAACUUUUUCCAACGCUUCCUCUCAAGAUUUGAAUUACCAAAGCACACCGAUAAUGCCAAUGUGAGCGUUGUGACCUACAAAGGCGAUUACUAUGUCAGCACUGAAUCGAACAUAAUGCACAAGAUCGACCCUGAGACGCUGGAGGCAACCAAAAAGGUGAACUGGAGGGAUUUUAUUGCUGUUAACAGCGCCACCGCCCACCCUCACGUCGAUGUUGAUGGAACAACAUACAACAUGGGGAAUUCAUUCUCCCUUAAAGGGUCAUAUUACAACAUUAUCCAAGUGCCUCAAACGAAAUACAGCAGCGAAGAAACCCUGGAGGGAGCCAAGGUGCUUUGCUCUAUUCCAUCAACGGACUCUGCCAAACCCUCCUACUACCACAGUUUUGCAAUGUCUGAGAACUACGUGGUAUUUAUUGAGCAGCCCCUCAAGAUGGACCUGUUGAGAAUCGUAACAGGCAAGUUGAGAGGAAAGAGCGUUAGUGACAGCUUCUUCUGGGACCCCAAACUCAAAACAAUCUUCCAUCUGGUUCUGAAAAAAAACGGGAAGGUGAGCUCCUUCCAGUACCUUGCUCAGCCACUGACAACCUUCCACCAAAUCAACGCCUUUGAGGAAGAUGGUCAUUUAAUCAUAGAUAUGUGCGUAUCAGAUGAUGGCCAGAUAAUUUCAAACUACAAUAUCCAGAACCUUCGCAAGUCUGGGGAAGAUCUUGAUGAGGUAAGCAAGUUGAACAAGCAGCACGACACAUCGCCACAGGAAAUAACAUCUAUCCAACAGAUGGUUUCAGGACAAUUAUUUUUCUGGAUGAAGACUAAAAGUACAGCAUCUUUUUUUCCACAGGUGUAUAACACACUGUGUAGAAUCUUCCCACGUCGCUUUGUUCUCCCACUCAAUGUUGAUGACAAAACACCGUACGACCAGAACUUGAACAGCUUGCCUAACAGCUCAGCCACUUCGUUAAGGAUCGCCAAGAACAAGAUAUUCUGUACCCAUGAGGAUCUCCAUGGUGAAGACCUUCACGAGUACGGCGGUCUUGAGUUUCCUCAGAUCAACUACGGCAAAUACAACACCCGCCCCUACCGUUACUUCUACGGCUGCGGCUUCAGACACCUCGUCGGCGACACACUGAUCAAGAUGGACAUUCAAGGAAAACACAUGAAGGUCUGGGAACAACCUGGCCUAUAUCCCUCAGAGCCUGUCUUCGUACCUUCCCCAGAUGCCACCGAGGAGGAUGAUGGUGUUAUUUUGUCAGUGGUCAUCACUCCAAAUAAGGACAAGAGUACAUUCCUCUUGGCUUUGGAUGCUAAGACCUUCGAGGAGCUGGGCAGGGCUGAGGUGCCAGUGAAUAUCCCGUACGGCUUCCAUGGAACAUUCAAUGCCACAGCAUAGCCGUUUAGCCAUUUGAUGGUUCAUCAUAUUUCAUACUGCACUAGUUGAUACGUAUAUGACUCUGCAUAUCUCAAAUAGGGCCAUAUUUUAUUUUAAGUAUUACCAUAUUAAUGGUUGUUUGUCUGUAUGUGCCUUGCGACUGGGUGGUGACCAGUUCAGCGUCUACUAGGACACCUGAAAACCGGAAGAGGAUAUGUUGUUUCCUCUUUAUCAAAGAGGUUAGAUUGUCAAUUGUGUUUCUAGAUAAACUCUUGUUUGUAAUCCUGUACCAUAUGCUUUUUUCUUCUUUCAAAAAUAAACAAAUCAAGGUAU